UGCUCUGCUUCAAAAAUAAAAAAGAAUUACCCAAUUGAGGCUCUCCAAGGAAACACAGGGGUAGAACCUGCAAUUAUUUCCCAUUUUAGGGUUGUUUUCCCACCCCUUGUCUUCUUUCUCUCCCCACAUUUUCAUUUCCAUUUCCACUCCCUCUCUGCAACUUCAUCAAUCCUCUACUUCAACUUAGGUUCGGGGUUAGGGUUUUGGCUUUUGUUUCUGAUUGCAUAUGGCUCUUUAAUGGAACAGCUCCCGUACCUAGGGUUUCAUUUGUGCUGCUAGGGUUUCUUCCGAUUUUAUGGCGAUGGCCAAUCCUCAACCUUUGCAGGCUCGCCCCUUUGAAGAUCACAUGCAAAUCCCUAUUCAGAUCCACGACGACGAUGCGGACUUCGAAGUCGAUGGUGGUGCCUCUGCUCCUGCUGAUGAUGCUAUGGACGACGUUGAUGAUGACCCCCAUAUCAAUUCCAUCAACCCUAUCGACCAUGCUGGAGUCGUCGUCGCUUCUCGGACUAGCGAGCUCACUCUUGCUUUCGAAGGAGAGGUUUAUGUCUUCCCUGCUGUUACCCCUGAAAAGGUGCAAGCGGUCCUCUUGCUUUUGGGAGGGCGUGAUAUACCUACUGGUGUGCCUACUAUUGAAGUACCUUUUGAUCAAAGUAACAGGGGUGUGGGUGACCUCCCGAAGCGCUCGAAUCUUUCAAGAAGAAUAGCCUCCCUAGUUAGGUUUCGUGAAAAAAGGAAGGAGAGAUGCUUUGACAAGAAAAUCAGAUACACUGUGCGAAAAGAGGUUGCUCAAAGGAUGCAUCGUAAGAAUGGUCAGUUCGCUUCUUUGAAAGAAAGCUCGGGUCCUUCAAAUUGGGAUUCUGCACAAAGCCUUCAAGGAGACACCACACCUCGUCCGGAAACUGUUCUUCGAAGAUGUCAACAUUGUGGUGUUAGUGAAAAUUCUACUCCUGCAAUGCGUCGUGGGCCAGCUGGGCCAAGGACUCUAUGUAAUGCUUGUGGGCUUAUGUGGGCAAACAAGGGAACAUUGAGAGAUCUGAGUAAGGGAGGAAGAAAUCUUUCUUUGGACCAGAUUGAACUGGGAACCCCAAUUGAUGUCAAACCUUCAAUCAUGGAAGGAGAAAAUUUUUCUGGCAGCCAAGAUGAGCAUAUAACUCCUGAAGAUCCUUCUAAGGCUGUUGCUGAAAGGACUGAUAAUCCUUCUGUGAAUGCAGAUGAGGAAGUAAUGAGCAGUGGUGUUUAUCCUUCUAGUUUCACUGAUCUACAUGAAACUGCUGAUGAUCUUUCACACACACUGCCUAUGGGUAUUGUCCAUCCCUCGGGCAACCUUGAUGACCAGGAAACUCUGGUUGAGCUUGCUAAUGCUUCAGAGACAGAAAUGGACAUUCCUGGUAACUUCGAUUAGGUCAAACUUGCUGAUUCCCAUGUAAGUAGAGACAAGGCAACCUGAAAAUUGUGAGUUGAUGGCCACAGCAAUUGUGCACCAACCGAAUGAUCAUCUGUUGACCUAAGGGGGCUCACUGCUGGUUUAACGUACAGUAGAUAUAUCUGAGAAGAUGAUUAUUGUUGAUAUGAAUGUUGGGAUCCUGUUUGUGGAGUUAGGAGACAUGCUUUGAGUGCUUUUUAGCAGUCUAUAAUGUAUGAUCAAUUUGCUAGGGUUUAUUCUAGUUGGAUAUUAUUACACUUUCAAUUUUUAACAUGGUUAAAAUGUUUGAGGAUAAUUUAUAUUAAAAAAGCGAAAAUUCUGCAAGGAUGAAUAUAAUUUGGCAUUAUUCUGA